CGCUGCGGCAGUGUCUCGGAGGCGGGCAGGCGGCCGGUCCCUCCGGUCCCCCGGCAGCAUCCCGGCCCCGCCAUGGCUGGCGUCGGCUUCGCGGCGCACCGCCUGGAGCUGCUCGCCUCCUACCAGGACGUGAUCGGCGAGGACAGCCCCACCGACUGGGCCCUCUACACGUACGAGGAUGACUCCGAUGACUUGAAGCUGGCGGCGUCGGGAGGCGGCGGCUUGCUGGAGCUCUCGGGCCACUUUGAGAUCCAGAAGGUGAUGUACGGCUUCUGCAGCGUCAAGGACCCCCAGGCCGUGCUCCCCAAAUACGUCCUCGUCAACUGGGUGGGCGAGGACGUGCCCGACGCCCGCAAGUGCGCCUGCGCCAGCCACGUGGCCAAGAUCGCCGAGUUUUUCCAGGGCGUGGAUGUGAUCGUCAACGCCAGCAGCGUGGAGGACAUCGACCCGGGGGCCAUCGGGCAGCGGCUCUCCAACGGGCUGGCCCGCGUCUCCAGCCCCGUGCUGCACCGCCUGCGCCUGCGGGAGGACGAGAACGCCGAGCCCGUGGGCACCACCUACCAGAAAACCGAUGCCACCGUGGAGAUGAAGCGGAUCAACCGGGAGCAGUUCUGGGAACAGGCCAAGAAAGAGGAGGAACUGCGCAAGGAGGAGGAGCGGAAAAAGGCGCUGGACGCACGGCUGCGGUUCGAGCAGGAGCGCAUGGAGCAGGAGCGGCUGGAGCAGGAGGAGCGGGAGAGGCGCUACCGGGAGCGCGAGGAGCAGAUCGAGGAGCACAGGCGGAAGCAGCAGAGCAUGGAGGCGGAGGAGGCCAGGCAGCGCCUGAAGGAGCAGUCCAUCUUCGGGGAGCAGCAAGAGGAGGACGACAGGCAGCAGCUCAGGAAAUCGGAGUCGGAGGUGGAGGAGGCCGCUGCCAUCAUCGCCCAGCGGCCCGACAACCCCCGGGACUUCUUCAAGCAGCAGGAGAGGGUGGCAUCGGGCAGCGGCGAGGCCGUCUCGCCGGGCAGCCACAGGACAGGUCGUCUGCACUGUCCUUUCAUAAAGACAGCUGACAGUGGGCCACCUUCUUCCUCUUCCUCCUCCUCCUCCCCCCCGCGGACCCCCUUCCCCUAUAUCUCCUGCCACCGCACCCCAAAUCUCUCCUCUUUCUUUCCAUGCAGCCAGUCGGACGCCUACCGCAAGGCCUCGGCGGUGGGCUGCAGCCCCUGCGAGUCCAGCCCGGCCUCCACGCCGCGGGGCGAGCAGGGUGCCCGUGCCCUGGGCGAAGAGACGCCGGCAGCGCCCGAAGACUCCCCCAGCCCUGGCGCCCAGGAGGCAGCGCCAGCCACUGCCGAGCAGCACUGGGCCUUCCCGGGGGGCGAGGACAAGGCUGCGGAGCCCCCCGGGGACGACCUCGGCCCCAGGCCGGCGUGGACAGCAGGGGCUGACACCCUGGGCGACCUGGUGAGCCUGGAGCCCGCCGAGCCGGCGCCCGCGGCGGCCGAGCCCCAGCCCGCGGGGACGCCCGCCGCCACCGAGAGCCUCAUCGACCUGUGGCAGAGCGACGGGGCGGCCCCCGGCGCCGGCUGGCCCCUGCCCGCCGCCCCCACCCCACAGGGCCCCCCGGCCGCCCCCGAGGUCUCGCUGGCUGACGACGGCGGCUUGCUGAGCCUGGAGGAGCUGCCGGAGCCGCCGGCCACCUUCUGCGACGCGGAGCAGGAGCAGGAGCAGGAGGAGGAGCCGGGCAGCAUGAUCGCGCUGGAGGGCCCCCACCCCAUGACGCUCAGCUACCAGCACGCCCUGCAGGAAGCCGCCCUGGGCCACCCGGGCCCCGAGACCCCCCUGAUGACCAACGGGGAGAUGGCCCUCAAGGACAGCACGCCGGGCCGCGGGGAGCAGGCCAGCGAGGGCUACUUCAGCCAGUCGCAGGAUGAGGAGGUGCCCCAGCCCGAGGAGCUGUCGGCCAAAGCCCCCCAGCCCAUCUUCUACAACAAGCCCCCAGAGAUCGACAUCACAUGCUGGGACGCAGACCCGCUGCCGGAGGAGGAGGAGAGCUUCGGGGGCGGCGUGUAAGGCCGGGCCCCCGCUGCUCCCGGCGCGCGGAGCCAGCACCCGCCGGCGCGGGGCGGCGCGGCACGGCGCGGGGCGGCCGCAGCCGGGGGCCCGGCCCCGGCCCCCUGCCCGCUGCAGCCCCGCGGGCUGAGGCCUCUGGCUGGGAGCCGGGGGGGGGGGGGGGGCUGCCCCCCAGCACCCCUGCCCCGGGGCACCUUUUACAGCUCCCCCUUCUCUCUUUUUUAAGUUGUCGGUAGGAGACGUGUCAGUCCGCCAGCCCCCCCCCCCCGCUCUCUCCCCCUCCCAGUCCCGUUAGCAGCCCCCCCAACCCACCGCGCCGCCCCGGCUCCCCGUCCGGGGGGGGGGGGGGGGAGGGGAGCAGUGCCGCCCCACGCCUGGGCACAGGACAGGCUCCUUGCUCUCUCCUUGCCCGCUGGCUCCCCCCUCCGGAGCCCCCCGCCACCCAGUAAUUUGCACGAGUUCAAAAGAGGAAUAAUAAUAAUAAUAACAAUAAAUGAAUAUGGCAAUAAAGUGACCCUACCGAGGCAAGGCUGUGGCCGGCUGCGCCCCCGCCCCCCCCCCCCCAAAAACCCCUCUCUGCUGACAUCCCCCCCUCCGUCCCCCUCCCGACCGCGCCGGCCGGCCCCGGGGCUCCCUCCGUCCUCUUCUUCGCCCAGGGGCCGCCUGGCGCGCGUGCCCUCGCCUGGGCACAGGGCAUGCCCGCUGGCCCCCGUCCCAUCCCCUUGGUGCCCCCCCCACCCCAAAAAAACCCCGCUUGGCCCCUCGCUUGGCCCCUUCCCCACCUCCGGUAACUGUUUUUUGGAAAGCACAAGUUCUGUAACGGCGGUGUGCUCAUGUACCUUAAUAAAUAAAGCGACUCCCGAGGGGGCUGCCGCC